AUGAUUGAAUCCAUUCUACUUGUAAGCCGUCAGGGAAAGACACGUCUUGCCAAAUGGUAUUUGAACGCGUCACUUAAAGAGAAGACGCGUUUGAUUCGUGAUAUCACGUCUCUCGUACUCUCUCGUCCUCAUAAGCAGUGCAAUUUUAUUGAAUUCAAGGAGAAAAAGAUCAUUUAUAAGAGAUAUGCAAGUCUUUACUUCAUUGCAUGCAUUUCAAAGGAUGAGAAUGAAUUGAUCACACUUGAAGCGAUUCACUUAUUUGUGGAAAUUCUUGACCGUUACUUUGGCAAUGUAUGUGAACUGGAUAUUAUCUUUAAUUUCCACAAGGCGUACUACAUUCUGGAUGAGCUCUUUAUUGGAGGCUAUCAACAGGAGUCAAGCAAGAAGGAGAUCUUACGCAUUUGCACGCAACAAGAAGACUACAUGGAUGAGUCGAAGGAAGAGGGAUUUUCACGUCCUCGCACGGGCACGCGCUAG